AUGAAAAUCCAAAAAUUAUCUUGGCUCUUGACAUUCUUAACUGCAUCAAGAAUAAAAUGUUCCUACGUGGUUUUCCGCUGUGGUGAAACUGAAAUUUUAGAUAGCCAUGUACGAAUAGCCUAUUUUGACUCUAUACACCGCCCUAUAGCUGGGUAUCCAAUAACUGGUCGGACUCCACAUAUAGGCAACAAUGUUGUGCUCAAAUUAUAUCCUAUUUUUCUUCAUGGUGAAACGAGUAUAACUUCACCCCAUCAGUGCCAUUUAGCCUGGGUUGGGGGUGGAUUUGAAUGGGCAGUAGUGAUAAAAUCUGACCUGGGUAUUCAGUUAUGUGAUAGAGUGGAGCACAGCCCAUUUUUAGAACUUCAAACCAUAGUUUAUGGAUAG